AUGACAACGACGCAAGACCUCGAUCCCGUCUACGACACGGUGAUGAAUCGACUCGCUUUGACGGCAAGUGCACCCUCCGAGGCCGACGUGGACGAGGUUGUCAGCGAGCUGCGUGCGAUCGCGACCCUGCCGUCGUUGUACCAUCUUGCAAGGCAUCGGGCGCUUGUCGACGUACUCGACGAUGCAAGCGGCUACGAUCUGGUGCUCACGACACACGAUGACACUGGACGCAUCACGUCGGUCGUCGCCCGAGACACGGAUGCGAUUCCAUCGCUCGUCCUUCGAAGUCUCGACAACAGUGACGUCGUGUACUUCCUCUGCAAACACCGACAGUCGACGUCGGCGUUGGUGUUUUGGCCCACACAGCACCGCCUUCGGCAACUCGGUAUCGCCGACGCACUGGCGUACGUCCAGGACGUGCUCUCUGGCGCGCCCGAUGAUACGUUGCUCCUUGGCUAUGCAUCGGUCAAGGACAUGGUCGCAGCGCUCGUCGAGAUGGUGGGCAACGACGCCGACCUGGGUCACGCACGGCGUCACAACCGCGGCCGCGUCGUCAAUCACUGCAAUAGCUUGAAGCUCACCGACGUGUGGCUGGCGCGAACCCACGAAGCCGAGCCUCUCUGUGCCAGCGUUUUGCAAAUCCUUCUCGAUCUCGACCAUGUGAGCUUGCUGCAGCAGUGCCUCGACCUAAGCGCUGAGAACGAAGACCACCCGAAAAUGCACCUCGUUGGCCCCAAGGUGCACGCGUGCUUGGCGCGGUACGGCUGGGCGACGCUCGCGCCUGCUGUCGACAUGUUACUGGCGCGGUGGGGCGCCACGUCACCGGCUAAUACGGUGCACAUCCCGUUUGCACUACUGGCGAGCCUCGCGGGGGUUGCGGACGAGCCCAUUUGCCCGCCGUUGGAGCACCAACCGAACGCCCGUGGGCAAAUCGCAGCAGCGUACGGGACGCUUCGCGCGGCGUGCAAGGUCAGCACCGUCAUAUCCAUGUGUCCGGAGUACCCCAACAACAAUGCCGCCACCGACGCCGCGAUGCAGCUGCUCAAAAAUUGCCUCCUGCUCGAGGCCUAUUUGACGCCAAAUGCGAAUGUCCAAGGGACGUUGCCGGCGCCGAUUCUAGCGUGCAUUCCGCGCAACGACGACUCGUUUCCUAGCAUGUUUGUGCUCUCGCCGGCGAUUGCGUUUGCGGUCGCCAAGAACCCACGCGUUUCCCUUGGGAGUUGGACUGUGCGGGACGUCGCUCACCGCGUGCAUGGCUGCUACGAUAUCUUCAAGUCGCCGGUCGCCGCUGCCGGCAACCUCCUCUUGCGUCUCCAGCUCGACGACGGAGGUGCCACGUUAUGCGGCGAGAUGGACACGAUGCUCGACGCGACAGACGACGACAUGAAGUUUGGCAUCGUCAGCGGCAUCAUCGCCCUCGCGGCGCGCCAUACGAUCCCGGCGCGGCUGAUCGAGUACUUGGCUCGAGUGGUCGCGACAGCCACGACCUGCCUCCUUACGACAGCAAGCGCCCUCGAUAUCGUCGUGCCCUAUUUUUUCCAAGGACCUGUCCCGGUCGACAAGGAGGAGCGGGAGCUUGAGACGCGCCGCUACAUCAUGGCCGGCGCCCUCGGCUUCUUUAACGAGGUGGCCCCGCAUUGCGGCGACUAUAUUCUGACGCAGCUCGACACUGUGCUCGAGAACGCUGAGGGAACCGCCUUGCCGAUCGAGCGCGCGGUACGCGUCCUCCUCCCAUUGCUGGAAGAGUUUACGCAGCGCUGGCCAAAGCUCGCUGUCGACUUGCGCGACGAGAUGCUUGCGGCGCUGCAGGCGCGCCUUCAAGUGGAGAGUGCCCGCAGUUCUUGGGCAAGUGAACCAGCUAAAGGCGAGCUUCCGCGCGCAACGACGGGCCAAGCGCCCACGCACCUCAUGAUGCUCUAG